GCGUUGACGUAGACACUCCCUCGGAUCAGUGCUGAAACUCUAUAUUUUUUGUGUAGAUGUGACAUUUAUCUAAAUCAACCCCCUUCAACAAAUGUGCUAGGACAAUAGGAGUGUGCAACCAUGGCGGCACCAAGUAAUAUACCAAAAGAGAUUCAGGAUAGUAUUAAAGAUGUGAUGGAUAGGCGGAUUAAACUGGGGAUUAAACGAAUGGUUCGACAAGAAAUUAGAAAUGAUCGUACAGAAAAUCGAAUUUUGGCCUUUUCACCAUGUCGGUUGUUUGUAUUAGCCGCAAAAGUGCCUUCUAAGUUAGAGCAUACUUUUCAUUAUUUGGAUAUCCAAGCCAUAGAAAGUCGUAAACCCAAUCAGCUUCAGAUUACAGUAGAUUCCAAAAUCUACUCUUUUAUCACCCAAGAUGCUGAUACAGACGAAGUUAAUCACAUGAUAACACAUAUUGGUACCUCUCUAAAAAAUAUUUUCCCGUCUUUUCCACUAGAAAGAAUCAUAUUAAAAAUUGAUGUACAGCCAGUAGAAAGAUUAAAGACUAUGUAUGAUAUGAUGAAAGAUAUUGAAAGCAAAGAACUUGGACCAUGUGGAGGCUUUACUAUGAUGUAUGCCUGUAUGUGUGAUUAUCAUUCAUUGCCUUAUAGGGAAGAGGUGGCUUGGGAUGUGGAUACAAUUUACUUAUCACAAGAUUCAAGGGAGCUAUGUCUGCGAGACUUUGAUCAUCUCAAUUUAAAAGAUUUGAUUCCUAUCAUCGGUGCUUUAGAACAUAAUUCAUGGUUCACAAAAUUGAACACAAAUAAUGUUAAAUUAACAUCUGAAUGUUGCAAUGAAAUAUUAAAAGUAAUGAGACGUAAUGCAGUAAUAGAACAUCUAGGUUUAUCUAAUACAGGAAUUAAAGUAGAAUUUGUACAGAAAUUAUCAACGGCUAUAUUAUCUAAUAGUGGUACACAAAUAUCCAAAAUAGAUUUAUCUAAUAAUAUUUUAGAAGACAGAGGUAUUAUACAUCUUGUAGGUUCACUCAGCAAUUUAUCCAAAGGUCUGACGUCACUAGACCUGUCUAAAACAGGUCUAACUACAAAAUGUUUGAAUAGAAUAGCUGAAAGUAUGUCUCAGAGCUCAACCAUAUCAUCAACAUUACAAACAUUAAAACUAGCAGACAAUAGUCUUAAGGCAGAAGAUUUAUCAAAUCUAUACACCUUUCUGGCAAGACCAAAUGGUAUUACACAUUUAGAUUUAUCUUCUACAGAUAUAGCUCUAGAUAUGAUUUGUGGAGCAUUAUUAAGAGGAUGUAUCCAACAAUUAACUUAUUUGAAACUAAAUAAUGUAGUGUUCUCUCAUAAAAAAUCUAAAGAAGUAAUUAUACCUCAGACAUGGAAACAAUUAUUUAGCAGUGUAGCAGUAUUAGAACAUCUUGAUUUAUCUAACUGUAAAUUGCCACCAGAAGCUGUAAGAGAAUUGCUGCUUGGUGUGGCAAGUAACCGCCAUAUCGAUAACCUUCAUCUUGAUUUAAGUAAUAAUGAUUUAGGAUCUCAGGGAGCUCAAAAUAUAGGGGACACCAUUGCCAAUAUAAUUAAUAUAUCUAGUUUAGAUAUCAGCAAUAAUGGUUUUGACCAAGAUUUAGGCCAUCUUCUUCAAGGAAUAAAACGCAACCGUUCAAUACGUCAUAUAGCAAUAGGUAGAAAUUUUACUGGUAUAAAGCCAAAGUACCAUUUAAGAAUAUUGGAUCAUGUUGUACAACUAAUACAAGAAGAAGAUUCAAUGAUACAGUCGAUAUCUUUAGUUGAUUCUAAAUUAAAAGCAGAUACAGCAUAUGUUGUUAAUGCACUAGGCAGCAAUAAUUCUUUACGCGAAAUUGAUUUAAGUGGCAAUCUGAUGGGGGAUUUAGGUGCUCGGAUGUUAGCCAAAGCUUUACAAAUCAAUACCCAUAUGCAAACAGUACGCUGGGACAGAAAUGCAACAAGUGCUCAGGGAUUCGAGGAUAUAGCGGAUGCACUAGAAAAGAAUUAUACUCUUAAAAAGAUGCCAUUCCCAGUAAAUGAUGCUGCUAUUGUUAUGAGAUCCCAACCUGAAAGAACAGAAGCUGCCUUACAAAAGAUUGAAUCUCUGUUACAAAGAAACCACAAUCCUCGUAAGUUUUCAUCUGAUCAAGCCUAUAGAUUACAGCAGGGGUUUCUCCUUAGUUCAACACAACAGAUGGUAGAUCGUCUAGUAGUACAAGUACAAGAUACAAUCAAUGCCUUGAAUUUUGGACCAAAUGAGGCCUUUAAAACAGAUAUACAAAAAGCAACAGAAAUAGUUAAAGAUGCUGACAAUUCUAAACAACUGUUGCCAAGGUUACAAGAAAUAGCUAUCAAAUCUCAGGAUAGUGGAAAUCCGGUAGAUAAUUCGCUACAGAAAAUAGCAGAUGAUUUAAGACAGGUGAUGGAGAAUCAAAUGAAGAAAAGUGUAGAAGAUAUGUUAAAGUGCACAGCCUCUCACUGUACGGCUGUCACAGCUGAUAAAACAUUCCAAACUGAACUGGAAGAUGGCUGUCAUUCCAAAAGUUCAAUACCAAAAGAUUUCACCAAAUUAAUGUUAGAUGGUGUUGGAAAUGAUAUGUAUAAUAAACUCAGUGAACUCAAUCUAGCUGUAGCAGCCUAUUUAUCAGACAGUACCAUCGACCAAGUCAUAGAAGUUCUUUCUAACAGUCAUCGAACACUGACAAAUCACUUGAACUUGAGAAAGAGUGGACAUUAUCCUGUUAAAGAAGAAAAAGUUGAUACAGAAACAGAAAAAAAAGCCUCAAGAGAAUCUUUAGAAAUAGAAUUAGACAAUAAACCAUCACCUGGGCCCUUUUUUAUGGACUCCCACCCACAGCCAGAUUCACCUAAAUUGUCUCACAAGAGAAAGAGUUUGUAUGGAAGAAAACUUCGUCCUCAGUCUGUUAUAGGUGAAACUGAUUAUUUUUUUGAUGAAUCAAAUCCCAUGAUGUCAAACAAGAAAAUAGAACAUGAUCGGGACCAAGUUCAAAAAGCGCUGAAAAUGUGUGAAAUUGAGACAGAAAAGAAUUCAGUUGACAGUCAUUCUGAUAUUAGGUCACAAAUAGAAGAAGUGGAUGAACUUAACUUAAGUUUUGAGAAAUUGGAUAGUUUGGAUGAAUCUUCAGAAAGAAAAAAGAGUACAGAUUCCUCUUUUUCGUUGGAGAAAUUUGAUGGAGGCAAUGAAGAUUCUACAGAAGCGAAACCAUUAAAACAUUUGGUUAAAUCUAGACCUAAACGACAGAAAACCAGAGCACCUACAAGGCCUGUAGCACCAGGAAUUACUCCUCUAGAUAAUGCUACUGAUGAUGGUAUUGGUGCCUUUUAUGUUCCACCAACAAUUUCUGCAGAACCUAUUACUUCAUCACCAUCGAGAAAAUCUUCUGAUACUUCUACUAAAUCUAGUGGAAAUCAAUUACAGAAACCUACAGAAACACCAAAAUCAGAGAAAAAGAAAGGAUGGUCACCACGUAAUCUUAUGAAAGAUAAAGAUAAGGAUAAAGACAAGGAAAAAGAGAAGGAGAAGGAAAAAGAUAAAGGAGAAAAGAAAGGGUCCUUGUUAUCUCAUGGCUUAUCAAACUUUUUCGGAAGAAAGAGUGGAGGAAAGGGUAAGAAUCCUAUAGACCCAGAAGCAAAGAAGCUGGCUGAAUCACCACCAACUAUACCUGAGGAAAAAAAGACACCGGUAAAACAACAACAACAACAAUCAACUGUUUCAUACAAUAAAAAGUCAGAGGAAGUAGAUGUAGACCAAUCUGAAGUUAAAGCUCCUAUAGUUAGUGCAGAAUGUUUUGAUGAUGAGAAAACACAUACAGAAAAAGGUCAAGAAAAGGAAAAAGAAGAAGACUUAAGUGAAGAGAAAGAAACAAAUGAUACAGUAGGUAAAAUACCAGCUAGUUCAUCUCGUACUGGUAUGGGUUUAGGUGGUAAUAUAUUACUAGAAAUGAAACAAAAACAAGAAAAACGAUUUUCUCAGCAAAUCAAACCUAGGACAUCGCCAAAGGAAAAAGAUGACCAUGAAGCAAAUAAUAAUGUGAUUGAUAAAAAUAAAGCUCAGAAAACAGAAGAAAAUAAAACAGUAUUAAAACCUGCAAAAAAUGAAACAACGACAACUGUAGAUAAUGGUUCACUAGAAGCAUCUGAUGUAAAGUCAUCUAGCAAGUCAGAUGACACAAAACGAGCCUUAAUACCGAACGCAAAUAAAGCAUCAAGUGAUGUUAAAAAACCUUUAUGUAUACCUGUAGAACCAGUACUUACUGAGAAAAGUCCACGAGCACCACCACGAGCCUUACAACCACCUAAGAAACGUGUCUCACCUACACAACCUGCUGAUACUGAAGCAACAGUAACUCUUGAUACCAAACCUACAGUUGUUCCUAGAUCUGUUAAACCACCCCCACCAACUAAACCACGACCACCAGCUCUAGCACCUAAACCUAGAGCUAGUUUGCGUACAUCUAAAGAUGUUACAGACAGUAAUAUUCAAUCAGAAGAAGUCAAAUUACGAGAUAAACCAGAAGGUCAAAUAGUAACAGAUUCAGCAACUUUAAGAUUAUCUGUUCGUGAAAAGAUUAAAAGAUUAAGUAAAGCACCUAUAGAAGAAAGUCCUCUUAUUAGUAGUCCUACAAAAUCGAAAUCUAACUCCACUGAUAGUAAACCACACUCUAGUUCAGAUGAAGGUGAACGUGUAUCCAGUCCCUCAUCAUUAGAUAGUAUUGAUGGCGAGACAUCAAAUAAAGAUUGUGUAAAUAAUGAAACAUCCCCUCAACAUAAAUCAUCUAAUUCAAUUGAUUCUACAGAUAGUGUUAACGAUACUGAUAAAAAUCAUGACGAUCCCUCACCCAAAGAAGAACAUAGUGUUCCUAAACGGUCUUCCAGAGCAGAAGAUGAAAUCAUGGUUUGAUAAAUAUGUAUUAAAAUGUUAUUAUUAUUAUACAGCAUAAGCAUCAUUUCAGGUUACAUUUGUUUUGUCAGUUAGUCUUCAUAAUUCAUUCUUCACAAAAAAAGAGAGACAUAUUAGCUUUGUAGAUCUUCAUUUAAUAAAGCGAAUAUGACUUAAUGUGUACAUAUGCAAAACAUAUGCUUGAUAACCAAUAUAGAUAUCAAGUACACGCUUUCACAUUGUAGGAGAUCGAUCACAAACUUAAGGCAAUUUGAUUUCAAAUGAGAUUUUAAUUCCUUGGCUGAAAUAUUUAAAAAAAAAAACUCUCAUAAAUAUAAACCAAAAUCAAAGAGGAAACAUUUCACUGAUUUUCACUUGAUCUUUAUUCAUUCUAAACUGUAUCCAAAAGCACCAAAAUAUUUAAGUGGAUAGUAUUAACUAGAAAACCAUAGGCUAAACAGCCUUUGAUAAGGUUUUACUUAUUGUAAUUUUGUAAAUUUUUUAAGUUGUAUAUCUAGUCGAUUUUGACUCUAGCCUAAAUUCAUUUUUCCUGGAAUUUGCCAUUGUAUUAGCCAACAAAUAAAAACAGUUUUAGAGAAUUCAUUCUGCAUGCUGUAUUAUCACUCUGAAAAUCAAACCUACUUAAUAUAGCAUGGGAUAAAAUGAUAACAUUGUCUUUCACUUGGUCACAGAAAUAUAAACAGAUGCCAGAUUCUUGCUUGGUUUUGGAUUAUAUAAGCUUAAUCAAUUAAAAAAAAGGUAACAAUUGCUUAUAUAAAUGUAGGUAUAUGUAAAAAGAUUUUGUAUAGUUAUAGAAUAAUUAAUAACUUAUUGUAAAUAGUACAGUAGAUGUGUACAUCUAGUUUAAGAACAAGUUUUAAAUGAAGAAAAAUGCUUUAGGAAUUGGUCAAUUGAUGAUUGUGAUAAAGAAAUAUAUUUCAAAAAUGGAACAGUCUAGUUUAACAUGUUUCAUGUGUUAAAAUAAUUCCAUUUUCGAUGGAGCUGUGAUGAAAUUGGAAUAGUUUCAGCUAGUUAUAAACAAAUCUGUAGUAAAUAUUCAACUGGAAUUUGGAUCCAAAUUACUUGUUUUAAUCAUGUAAAAAAAACUGUUUGGCAGUAACUUCUGAUAAAUGAAUUUAAACCAAAGUAUCUAGACUGUCAAAGCAUAAUUACUGAUUGUUUGUUAGUAGAUAAUUUGUAUGUAAAUAAAACAUAUAUGCACUCACCAUUUUAAUAUAUUGAGUUUACAAUGCCUUAUAAUUAAUAUAUUAUGUAGUAAUUAUAUUUUCUUUAAAAUUAUUUCUUUUUUAUAUGAAUCAAAAAUGAUUUUUGUUAAAUUCUUUUGAUACAACUGUCGUGGAGUCACAGGCCUUUACUCACAUUUUACUAUGUAUAAAUAUAUAAAAUAUUGUAUUUAACUGAUUUUUUUUUCUGAUCAAAAAAAAAUGUAAGCUGGCCUUACAAAUAAAUAUACCAUACAAUCAUGAUAUGGUUUUGAAUAGCCAUAGAAAGGAAGAGGAAUUACCACAAAUCUAAAUAUUGUCUUUCUAUUGGAAGGAUAAAAAUUUAGGAAUUUGUAAAUUUUGGAAAAUUCUUCCUAAUUCUGAAUUAUGGACUUCAUAUGUGAAGGAGACAAAACAAACUAAUCUAAGAGGGCACAAAUUCACAUAGUAUAAAUCGUACCAAUCUUUUUUCAGUAAAAUCAAAUUAAUAUAUUAUAUAUUUUUUAUUAGUUUAAUUACUACUAAAAUUAAUGGAGAAGUCCCAGUUUUGACAAAAUAGCCAGCUCGCCUUGUCUGAAAGUGUUAGCUAAAAAAUGAGACUAUUGAGUAUUAUUUGUAAACUUUGACUGAAGGUAAUUAAUAUUCAGCAAUAAGCUGCAGAUUCUACUAAGACACACCCUCAAGAAGCUCAUCUCCAACUCCAUUGGAGGAUGGUAUUUUUUGGAAAACCUAUCACAGAGCUUCAGAUAGUUGCUUGUGACUAGAAUAAAAAAUUCUAAGGCACACCCACACACAUCCAGUUUCAUUUACUGAAAUAUAUCUGGGAUUUCUCCUUUUAUCUGAACCAUUCAUUUUUUCUAUUAGAAUGUUUUUGUGUUGUAUAUUGUUCAUUUCUCUGUACAAGUAUGAAAGGUAUUCUAAUAUAUCAAAGCUCAAUUUUGCUUCUUUUUUUUUUCUUUCUUUCAUUUUACACCCAUCUAUUUUUAUACGCCCACGUGGAAAUGUGUUCGUAUAUUGCUUUCGCCCUUGUCCAUCCUUCCGUCGUCUACAAUUCCUUGUGAACACUCUACAAACUACAUUUAUCAUCUGAUUGUUUUGAAAUUGAUAUAUGUUGUUUACAUUAGUGAGAUAAAGAAGCCUACAUGUAGUACAUGUAUUUAAUUUCGUCUAGAGUUAUGGCCCUUGUUUCACUUGUGAAUGUUCUAAAGAAAAAAGUUAGUAAAAUGAAAAAGUCUGUAAAAUACUUCCAGAGUUAAGGCCCUUGUUUCAGUUUCUAGAAUCUUGUGAA